GAUGUCAGACACAGCUCCCUGGCGUCCAUUUUGAGACCUGGGUCCCUUGCUCAGCUUCUUACUUGUCUCCGACGUAAGUUCAACUCUUUCCCACCUCCAAACCUCGCCGGCCGUGCUCUGUGUUACUCUUUCUUGCUCAUCGUCAUUGUCAACUUGCUCUGAUGCAGUGAUUCACAAUCUCUGGUCCAGCAAAGAUAACCAUCGCUCACAGCUGGUUCUGGUCCCAAGUUGCGCGCAUCGAUCGCAUCGCCCACGUCUUUGGAAAGUCGCCGACUCCGAGCCGCAGCAUCCAUCGACAGCAUUCGCCAUGUCGACGGCUCCAGUGAAUAGGCAGACCUUUAUUGGUCUGCUCAUCUUUCUCUUCUUUCUGUGGACGCUCUCGACCUUUACCCAGACAACAUCGACCACGCCUACACAUGUUACACACGACCAGCAGUCUGCCAAUCCUGUAGGCCAUCCGCAGUACCCGAACAGCAAUAGCAAUGCCGCGGAUAAGCAGAAGCCCGACAAGUCCUCGAAGCCGUCCCACGAUAUUUCGAAACCAGACAAGUCGCCAGAGUACUCCCUCCCGCCAUGGUACGAGGAUGACGAAGACAAGGCAGACAAGGCAGCUUCUCAAACGACUGCCAAGGGAGCGAAGCAGACCGCAAGCGCUGCUUCUGACAAGGGCGCGAGCAAGAGCUCGUCUGCCUCUACAUCUCUGAAGUCGCAUUCGUCUUCUACCACGUCGAAAGAAUCGUCCGGCUCCAAGGACCGCAGCCGCCCCCUAGUGCUUUACGCCUACGCCGAGUCCGAUGCCGGCCGCGAGAAUCUCCAAUUCUUCGUCAAGCAGGGCCUGCACGACGCUGCCGACUUCAUCUUCAUCCUCAACGGCGAGACCAACGUCAGCAGUAUCAUCCCCGAAAAGGACAACAUAAAGGUUGUUGCCCGAGACAACACCUGCUUCGACCUCGGCGCGUACGGCGAUGUGCUCCGGAAGGGAGAUCUGUACAAGAAGUACAAGCGUUUCAUCACCAUGAACGCCAGUAUCCGCGGUCCUUUCCUGCCUCACUGGGCGCAAUCGUGCUGGACUGACAUGUACCUGGACCGCCUCACGGACGAAGUCAAGCUGGUCGGCAUGACGGCAAACUGCUGGCCCCGAUUCCACGUCCAGUCCAUGAUCUGGGCCACCGACAGCGUAGGCAUCGAUUUGCUCCUCAACCCCCCGCCUGGCUCCUCCGUCAAGGACGACUUCGGCACCGAGAACGAUCCGGUUGGCCUGGGCGGCUGCUACGACGGCUGGAAUCACGCCGUGCAUGCCGAGAUUGGUGCUACGGGCACCUUCUUGAAGCAAGGCUACAAGGUGGACCUGAUGAUGACGGCGUUCCAAAAGUCCAAGAAUUACAUUGAGGAGUGCGACACGUCGCAGAAUGGUGACGUUCUCUGGAACGGCAAGUACUUUGGUACCAACGUGCACCCGUACGAGACCAUCUUCAUCAAGGCCAACCGCGACAUUGACCCGACUUUGAUUGAGCAUUUGACAACCUGGCAUCAAGCGUCCGGCUUUGACAGCUAUGCCGCUUGCAAGUCGAGUUCAUAGUGGUCGGGCCAUGUUUUGGAUGUAGUGUUGGGCGCUCGGCGUUGACCAUGUCUUUUACGUUUUGGAAGUACAAAAGAUGAAUGUGUACAAUAGGCGCAUGUGUAUGGCGAAAGAGUAUAGUUGGGAACGAAUGCAUAUUGGAUAUCACUCUUGAUCACUUUUAGACAGCGACCUCGGUCAAAACCGAGCGGCAGUGUGUUUCCAACUAAAAGUGUAGCUCCAAGUUGCCCCA